AUGGCCGACUUCAACUUCCCCGGAGUCGACCUCAGCGAUUCUUUUCUUCCACCUUCUAGUUCCAUAUCCAUCUAUAGUCCUUUCAAAAACAAUACUCCUGAGCUCGCCAUGAAACCACUUCAUGACUAUGGCACAUUCACAUAUCCACUCACUCCAGAAGAUGAACUACCCCGUCCACUUUCUCUACCUUUACGCUCUCGAAAUAUCUGUCUAAAUUCCACACCUUCUUUAUCAUUUUCUCGCUCUUCUAGUAUCUCCUCUAAAACUUCUUCCUCAUCUUGUACACCCGAUAUCUCAUCGAAUCGAUUAUCGAAUACUAAAUGGGAACCUCUUACUUCAUUUCCUUACUUCACAUCAUUACCAUUGGAAAUUCAAAGAACUAUUUGGAGACAUACAUUACCGGGACCGCAAAUCAUAGAAAUAUAUCAAUACGCACCAUCCACAUCUCAAUCCUCAUCAUGUAUCCCAAGUUCCAAACAACAAGAACAAGAACAAGAACCCCUCCCAAUCCUAAAAACCCACACCUCCUCUUUCCCAAUAGCCCUCCACAUAAACCAUCUCUCCCGCCGUCUCACCCUCACCCAUCUAUCUCCCCUCUCCUUCGCCCAACCCUACUACCUCCCCUCAAAUCCCUACGUAUAUAUAAACUACCACACCGACACCAUCUACCUCACUUCCCGUACGCUCUACCCCGACCUCGGAAACCACAUAUUAUAUUCCAGAAACCUGCAUAAAAUCCUGUAUCUCGCGUUAGAUUUCGAAGUAUGGAGUACACUACUCGGGGAUAAUCAUUUCGUUAAUGCUUUAUUAGAAAUGGAAGGAUUGGUUCGUAUUGAUAUUAUAUUUGAGAGGGAUUUGAGCUCAUUUUCCUCUCCUCAUCAUACUCACUCUAAUGAUAUUUACAAUAAUGAUAAUGAUACAUCAACAAUCACAUCAAAACCGCUCUCGGAAUCAAUAAAUCGCAAACCUAACCCUCACCCUCACCCCCAAAAUCCACAUCAUCAUCAUCAUCACCCUCAAACAAAAUUCCUCUUCCUCGCCCCCACAAAACAAGAAACCAAAACCCUAGAAAACAUUUUCGAGAAAGAAUCUGAAAAAAUAUGGUUAUGGGGUCACGUAAGCGGCUGGGAAGAUAUUAGGGGGAAAUUAAGAUUUAAAUUCAAACAACAGGACAAAAUUCCAAAACCCGAUACUAGAAGCGCAAUGCGAUAUCGCAAUGGAAGAUUGGGUUCUGAUAUGCUGUUUUUGGGGAAGAAUGAAAAUGAAAAGAAUGGAAACGAAAACGAAUUAUUUUUUACAAGUCCAUAUCCAUAUCCAUAUCCAUCUCGAGGAUCAAGAUCAGGAUCAGGAUCAGGACCAAAAUCUAGAAAUUCCGCAUCUCGAUCUCGACACGAAUCACUAAACACCAAAAUCGAAAAAUCGAACACAACCUCAUGGAGUAGAAAAACAGCAACUAUGCAAGAAAAUUUAGAAGAAGGGUUGGAAAAUUUAAUUCAUAGGGUUGAUGAUGCGAUGUUGGAUUUUGAGGAUGUGGGGAGAGAAGGAGGAGGAGGAGUAGGAGAUCGAGACGCUUGUGGCUGGGAUGUUGAUGGAGAUAGGGAAAAGGAUGCGGAUAGGGAUGUGGAUGUGUAUGUGUAUAGUGAGAGUGAGUAUUCGCAGUGUUCGGGGGAUUUGGAUGAUGAGUUUGAUAAUGAUUGUGAGGUUGGGGGAUGGAUAUGA